AUGCCAGUCAUUGACGAGUUUGAACAAGCUACAAACGUCGGAUCUGAUAAGUACGGAAGCAUCAUGAACAUGGCUCAACUUCUGAGAUAUUCCGCUAGCAAUGAUCUUUCGACGACUAUGCAAAAGCAAUUGGAGCAACUAGCUCAAUUCUCACCACAGUUAUUUGGAACACAAGCAUCUAACGUCACUCCGUUUACAAGCAACUUCGCCAUCGCGGCAUUAACAAAACCUGAUCCAGAAGAUCAUGCUAAAGAUCAGGAUGAUCGCAAACCAACUACACCAUCACCAGUGCCAGGUUUCUUUACAGUUGCUCACGAUUCUACUCCAUCCGUUUCGGCUGAUCGUGAAUCAACUCCUGAACCAGGAUGCGCUAGUCCAGAUGACGAAAAUGGAAAGAGGAAACAGAGAAGAUAUCGAACGACGUUCAGUGCUUAUCAAUUGGAUGAAUUGGAAAAAGUCUUUCGAAACACUCAUUAUCCCGAUGUAUUCACCAGGGAAGAUCUAGCAUCGCGUGUACAAUUGACCGAAGCUCGAGUUCAGGUUUGGUUCCAAAAUCGCCGAGCUAAAUAUCGUAAGCAAGAGCGUUCAAGUAAUCAUCAUCCUUAUUCACAUCCUAGUCUUAUUCCUGGAGGAAGCACUCUCCAAGAUGCUCUUCAUCCAUUGAACCUUGUUAACCAAGAUUUGGUCAUGGCUAUGACCCAACAUGCAGCCAAUGCUGCAUUAGCUGCAGAAACUAUGAACCUCAUGAAUCCCGGAGUUAGUGCCUUAGCUGCUGCAGCAAGGCGAUCACAAUCUCCACCCAGAUCCACUGCCACUUCCUCAGCCUCUACAACGGCUACUUCAGCUGCCUCAAUGAUUCCUCCAGUUUUACCUUUCAAUCUUGCCGAUACUAGUGCCUUGUCAAUGAUGAUCAUGCAACAACCAACUUUAAUGUACAUGCAACAAUGGGCUAAAGCUAUGGAAGCUAUAAAGCAACAAUCAGCUCCUACUAGUAAUUCCAGCCCUGUAUCACCGCAACAGGAGACCCCAACCAGUCCGAGCAAUAAUGGCUCACCUGUUAAUAACUUUUCCGAUUUAACAAGUUUAAUCAAGAAAGAUUGA